UUUGUUUAAACUAUACAUCUCAGAAAAAAGGAUCAAAUAUUUUCUCAAAGAAUCCAUGGAGGUUACUCCAUAUCAUCAAAGUUUUAAUGAGGGUUCGAGUUAUAGGGUUUCCAUGAACAAGAACUCACAAGUAAUAUCCAAGAUCAAGCCCAAGAUUCGCAUCAUCCACAUAUUCGCUCCUGAGGUCAUCAAGACUGACGUCAAGAAUUUUCGUUCACUCGUCCAAAGUCUAACCGGAAAACCCACAGCCGGAGAAGUUAAAACCGAUAAAAAGAGAGCCAACCCGAGAGUUUCGACGUCUCAAGAACCGGUUUGCAGAGAUCAUCAGCCGGCUAAUCGGCUAACGGGUUUCACAGGUUUAUUAGCAAACGGAGGAAACCAUCAGGUGAAAGAAGAAUGGGGAUCUGGUGAUCAUAAGCGUACUUCCAACACAAACACUUACUUUGACCUAGAAGGUUUGAUUCAAGAUGUAGGAGAAGAUUACUUCUCUUCGUUUCCCGUGAGAUCAUCUUCUUCUUCACAAGUGGAAGGUUUCAUCUUCAACAACAACCACAACACCAACAACAACUUCGAUGCAAAGGGUCAUAAUUCGUCAUAAAUAAUGACUGUUAAUUUCUAGAGUUUUCUGAUUUUGCAAUCGCAUUGGUUUGAUGAGUUAUAAUCGUUUGAGGCAUGAAAGCAAACGAAGAAGACUAUGUUUUUUAGGAACAAAGGCAUAGAAGUUAUAUUUUGAGUUUGAUGGGUACGUACAAUGACAACUGGAUUGUUUUUGGUAGACUGACUUUGCCAAGGCUGGGGGUUGUAAUAAAAAGUUUAAUUUAUGUGCAGCCCUUCCCAGAGAAGUGACUGUAUCUAAUUAAGUGGUGCCUGUGGGUCAAAAAACCCUAGUUGUUUUGGUUUGUAACUUCAUUGAUGUGCUACUAUAUAUUGGAUGUGUAAUAAAAAUUCUUUGGCGCGUGUAUGUGAUUGAUUAGUCAGCUGUAUUUUUUUGAAGAAAAGUUUGUAUGGCACUUAGAAGAUUGAGUAAAACAGUUUUUACAGUAUAAUAAUUUUUUUAUCAGUAUAAUAAUUCUUCCUCUUGGUUAAAAUGGUUUUUACUGAUUCUUUUGUUAAAUAUUCAGCCUUGUAAUGAUAUGUUGGUUACUCAAUUAAGAAUGAUGAUGUCGUAUAUCUUUGUGCUCUUACUUAGUGAUAUGUUAGUUCUCCUUCCAAUGUUAGUUAUUGCUGUGUUUUUAUUUUAUUUUUGGUUCUGUUUUGUAUUUUAUUUUGUCAAUAACAAAAAUAUAUAAAAUUUAACAUUUAAACUAAAAUUUAUACUUUCCAAAAUACAAAAUAGACAAAGAUUUUGUUAUAAAUACAUGAGAUAUCCAAUGCGAUAAUAAAAGAUACAUAGUAGUUUUGUAAUUUGUACGUAUGAUAAAUACGAAAUUGUAUUAUUUUUCCAUCAAAUUAUAUAUAUGAUUUUAAAUAUAAUAUUAGUAUUAGUUUAAGUAUUCAUUUUGGUAUGUUGAGUUGCAUCUAUUUGUUUUAAAUUGGCGAUAAUUUUCUUACUUGUGGUAAAAUUUUCUUAUUAGUAGGUAAUUCAAUUUAUCAUCUUAUAUUUGUAAAU